AAUUUUUAUUUUCAACAAGCAUUCAGGAAAUUUCUUCUGAGAUUGAACAUGAGAACUUGCAGUCAUUAUCCAUGGAUGCAAACAAGACAACUGUUUGCUUGCUCUUCAUAUAAACAGUUGCUCAAACAGAGAAGAAGCAUAAAGUGGCACUCUAAAGCCCAACGGAACUAACAUCACCAGCCGCCCAGGCUCAUCCGGAUAGCUUUCUUGAUUCUGCUUUUUUAUUGUUUUUUUUCUUCGGGACCCAUUUCAAUUUUUCCCUAUAUAUAGCCGUGCUUAGUCUUCCCAAUUCUCAUUCCCUGCUGUGCAAGCAAUUUUCUUCUUCUCGUCACCUGUCAGUUUAUUAGCUUUUUCAUCAUCCUUCAAAUUUUCUUCUGUUUGAUCUGCCUUAAGUGCGUUAUUAAUAUUUUUCAGCUCUAUAAUAGUUGACAUUGUGAUUCCAGUUUCAAUAUUUGUGAAGUCAAUGUCAAAUAUUGCAAUUAAUUCGAGAAGAUAAAUCGCACCUUCCUUUUGUGUAUAGAAUCUAUUUACAUAAAUUCCCCACGAUUCUUCUGCCAUAUCGGUGCUCUUUGAUGUUUUCUCAUAUAAUUGUAUAUAGACCCUUCGGCCUCUUCUUCCUCUGUAUUGAAAACCAAGGUUUUCUCUAGCCUAGUAUCUGUCGUCCCUCUGUUUCUGCUCUGUUAUACUCUGUUUCUCUCCGUUAUGGCUCCCCCGAAUAAUCCCGCGAAUUCGAUCUUCAAAUUCAUUCAUUCAGAGACUUUAGAGAAAAACUUCGACUUAUCCAGUGGGAAGUUUAGUGUCAAAAGCAUCCCGUUGCUCUAUGAUGUUCCAAGCAAUGUCACUUUUGCUCCCUUUUUGUCUGUCUGCAACUAUUCCGAGUCUGAUGCCCCACUUCCUCUUCUCCAGCGUGUCACUUCUCUGUCUCACAGGGGAGGAUUCAUUGGGUUCCACAAAGAUGCACCGUCCCAUCGAGCGAUGAACUCCAUCGGGAGGUUCACCGGUAGGGACUUUUUGUCAAUAUUUAGGUUCAAAACUUGGUGGUCUACCAUGUGGGUGGGUAGCUCUGGGUCUGAUUUGCAGAUGGAAACCCAAUGGAUUCUCCUUAAUGUUCCUGAAAUAAAGUCUUAUGUCCUAAUAAUCCCUAUCGUUGAAGGCAGUUUUAGGUCUGCUCUUCAUCCUGGCAGUGAUGGGCAUCUGAUGAUUUAUGCUGAGAGUGGAUCUACCAAAGUGAAAGCAUCCACUUUUGAUGCUAUUGCUUAUGUUCAUGUGUGUGAAAAUCCUUUCAACAUUAUGAAGGAGGCUUAUAGCGCUCUCAGGGUCCAUCUCAAUACAUUCAGGCUUUUGGAAGAGAAAACCGCUCCUUCUCUUGUUGACAAAUUUGGGUGGUGCACUUGGGAUGCUUUCUAUUUAACCGUGGAGCCUACUGGCAUAUGGCAUGGUGUGAAGGAUUUUGUUGAAGGUGGUGCCCCUCCAAGGUUUCUUAUCAUCGAUGAUGGAUGGCAAAGCAUCAAUCUUGAUGGCGAGAAGCCCAACGAGGACGCUAAAAACCUCGUUCUUGGUGGGACUCAAAUGACCGCCAGGCUUCACAGACUCGAUGAAUGUGAGAAGUUCAGGAAGUACAAGGGAGGCUCCAUCUUGGGUCCUAACCGUCCUACCUUCGAUCCAAAGAGGCCUAAGAUGUUGAUUUCCAAGGCAAUCGAACUCGAACAUGCUGAAAAGGAUCGCGACAAGGCCAUCCAAUCUGGUGUCACUGAUUUAUCCGCUUUUGAAAGAAGAAUGGAACAGUUGAAAAAAGAAUUGGACGCCUUGUUUGGUGGAGAAGAUAAGAGUGGCUGUGGAAAUUGUUCUUGCAAGGUUGAGAACUACGGCAUGAAGGCAUUUACAAGGGAUUUGAGAACAAAAUUCAAAGGUUUGGAUGAUAUAUACGUGUGGCAUGCUCUUUGUGGUGCUUGGGGUGGGGUUAGGCCAGGCUCUACACACUUGAAUUCAAAGAUUACUCCUUGCAAAUUGUCUCCUGGACUCGAUGGGACAAUGAACGAUCUUGCUGUGGUAAAAAUUAUUGAAGGUGGUAUUGGGCUAGUUCAUCCUGAGCAAGUUGGAGAUUUCUAUGACUCCAUGCACUCUUACCUUGCUAGUGCUGGUAUUACAGGUGUGAAGGUGGAUGUCAUUCACACCCUUGAAUAUGUGUCUGAAGAAUAUGGAGGCCGUGUCGAGCUUGCAAAGGCAUAUUACAAGGGGCUAUCAGAUUCAUUGUCAAAAAAUUUCAGAGGAAGUGGACUCAUCUCUAGUAUGCAACAAUGCAAUGAUUUCUUCCUCCUUGGGACAAAGCAGAUAUCCAUGGGAAGAGUAGGUGAUGACUUCUGGUUCCAGGAUCCAAAUGGUGAUCCAAUGGGAGUUUAUUGGUUGCAAGGAGUGCAUAUGAUCCACUGUGCCUAUAACAGUAUGUGGAUGGGACAAAUUAUACAACCUGAUUGGGACAUGUUCCAAUCUGACCACUUGUGUGCCCAGUUCCAUGCUGGAUCUAGGGCCAUUUGUGGUGGACCUGUCUAUGUGAGUGACUCUGUGGGCUGUCAUGAUUUUCAACUCCUGAAGAAACUUGUUUACCCUGAUGGGACCAUUCCCAAGUGCCAGCACUUUGCCCUGCCUACCAGAGACUGCCUCUUCAAGAACCCUCUAUUUGACAACAAAACUAUUCUCAAGAUUUGGAACUUCAACAAGUAUGGAGGUGUAAUUGGAGCAUUCAACUGCCAAGGAGCUGGAUGGGACCCCAAGGAGCGAAGGAUCAAAGGUCACUCUGAGUGCUACAAGCCAAUCUCUGGUUCUAUUCAUGUCACGGACAUUGAAUGGGACCAGAAGAUAGAGGCUGCCCAAAUGGGAAAGGCAGAGGAGUACAUAGUGUAUCUCAACCAAGCAGAGGACCUAAUAUUGAAGACCCCAAAAUCUGACGCAAUAGAAGUGACCAUCCAGCCAUCUUCAUUUGAGCUCUUCAGCUUUGUACCCAUUAGAAAGCUAGGAGCUGACACCAAAUUUGCUCCCAUUGGUCUAACCAACAUGUUUAACAGUGGCGGCACAAUUCAAGAAUUUGGAUAUUUUGUGUCAGCAGCUGAGAUUAGCGUGAAGGUUAAAGUUAAAGGUGGAGGAAAUUUCUUGGCCUACUCGAAUGUGUCCCCAAAGAAGUGUUUCUUGAAUGAUGCUGAAGUUGCCUUUGAGUGGUUUUCUGAUGGCAAAUUGACCUUGAGUCUGCCUUGGAACGAAGAUGCUGGUGGUGUAUCUGAUGUCUCAUUUAUGUUUUGAUCAAAGAAUCUAAUUGUCCCCUUGUUUAGAGUGCAUAGUAGCCACGGUGAUGAAAGUUAAAUGCCGUGGCAAACAACUAUCCUAAAUAAACUUAAUUUUAUGUUUUAA